AUGGAUGUUGAUGAAGAUGAUGAGGAAUUUAUGGAAGGCCAUGAGGACAACGAGGAAGGCAAUAACAACGAAGAAGAAGAAGGGGAUGAUAAUAACAUGGAAGAUAAUGAGGAGCAUGAGAGCAUUCUUGAGUGGGCUGGACAAAUCUUACUCAGUGUUUAUGCUAAAGCAAAGCAACUAAACCCAGAUUUUAAUAUUGACAAGGAAGAUCCAGAGACAAUAUGUUUUAGAGUAUACAAGAUUGAUCCAGACAAUAACUACUAUCAUAAGGUAGAAAACCUAGGGGAUCAAAUAUUUUUUGUGGCAGAGGAUGGUUCUUCCUUGUCCCUUCUAGCUAGUGAUUUCAAAGAGUUACAAGGGAAUUGCAUCUAUUUUGCAACAACAGGAAGUAAUAUAGAAACUUCCUGCAUCUCUUGUGAGGUCGGCAUUUUCUACCUGGAUAGUGGAAAAAUUGAGCAACCCUUUCCAAUUGUUAAGAUGCCAAGGUACUCUCAUCUUAGUUGGUUCACCCCGAGUUUAUGGUAG